AUGAUCAAUGAGGAAGUCUUUAUGUUUUCCCCUCAACUUCGGCUGAUUCCCUAUCUUUCACAUCACGUCCCGCACUAUCAUGCGUGGAUGUGCAAUCCAGCCCUGCUGGCCGCGACGGAAAGUGAGCCUCUUAGCCUGGAAGAGGAGUUCGAAAAUCAGCUCGCGUGGCUGCAGUCGAUGGCGAAGCUCACCUUCCUCUUGGCUGCUCCCCUUCCCGAAUCUCCGCAUGAGCGGGCAAUCCACGACGAUGAAAAGAUUCACCAGGGGAUGGUGCGCAGGGAAGGGCCCUUUCCAUCAAAAUCCAACAGGGCGGAAGGCCCGCAGGGGCUGAACCCCGAGGAAAUACGCCAAUCCUUUCCCCUUCUCGCGGAGGACGACUACGUGUCGUGGGGGUCUACUUCAGCGGACGACAUUUCGAUACUGCCCAACAAAGGCUUUAUCGGGCAAAAGCCACUUCCAGGGCGCUAUAUUCCAAGCCAAAUAAAGAACAUCUUCACAGGUGAGCCGAUCAAGGCGAGCUCUACGAAUGGGAGCCUAAAUCCUGGUGCGAGGAAGCCUUAUUUUGUCAUGAUUGGGGACUGCAAUUUGUUCUUACUUAACGACGAGGAUGAAGAAAGAGAAAACAACGGGACGACCUCCUCAGCACCAAUGGACCGGCGAGUAUUUGAGGUCGAGGUGAUGAUCGCGUAUGAGCCGUAUCGUCAAAAGGGACUUGCCACGCGAGCACUGCGCAUGCUUAUCCAAUAUGCCAUCUCAGUCCUUGGCGGGACUGACUUCGUAGCGAAGAUAUUGGAAAAUAACACCCCCAGCAUUGAACUUUUUAAGACCAAACUUGGCUUUACCGAAUUCAAGCGCGUACGGGUCUUUAACGAAAUUCACUACUCACGAUCAAUCUAUACAACCGAAGAAAAACAAAACUGGAAGAAUGAAUGUGCUGCGUUGGGAUGUAGUGAUUGUUGGUCUGGUCCGUAUACCCAAGACGUGGAACAAAAUAUGGUGCUUCUAGCCCAAAAUCCUUCCUUUAAAAUUACAACUCAAUCAUAACCAUAUUUAAGUGCUAAUAACAA